UCUCUUUGGCUGUGCACCAUAUAUUCAAUGCUCCUUGCAAGGCGGACUGUAUUGAAGUUUUGGGUGUAGCUGCUGUCCAGUCAGGCUUGUUUUAUUUUUUUGUGUUUGUAUCGAUGUUGAUUCCAGCUCGACAUGUCGGACACGUGGAGCAACAUCCAGGCGCACAAGAAGCAGCUGGACUCGCUGCGGGAGAGGCUGCAGCGGCGGCGCAAGGACCCGGCGCAGCUGGCCGCGGAGGUGGGAGGCAGUGCUGAGGGAGCCACAGCCCGGAGUGACAGUCCAGCUCCGUCGCUCCAGUUCCCGGCUCAGGAGGAGACGGAGAAGCCCCCGGACCCCGAGCUGGAGAAGAGGCUGCUGGGAUACCUGUCAGAUCUGAGUCUCUCUCUACCGACGGACUCUCUUGCCAUCACAGACGAACUCAACAGUUCGGAAGCAGCCGUCUCUCAUGGCUGCAUCCAGAGUCUCCUGCUGAAGUUCUCCGCCCAGGAGCUGAUCGAGGUUCGACAGCCCACCUUGGCCUCUUCUACGACUUCCUCCUCCUCCGCUCCCUCCUCCACGCUCGUCGUAGCGGUGGACCACACAAAACUAUGGGCUAUGAUCGGGCCUGGGGCUGGAGCUCAGAGGACUGGAGUCAAGAGGAAAGCAGAGGACCAAAGCCACCACAAAAGAGCGCCAGGCUCCGCUCCGUCUCUUCAGAGCUCUCCCUCUCCGCCGCACACCUCCUCCAUCUCUCUGGCGCCGGCUUCCUCCUCACAGCUGGCGGGGCCGUCCGAUUGGAAGUCGGGGGCGUCGGGGAGCGGGGCGGAUAAGAAGGGCAGGACCAGCAAGAGCCAGUCGUCUCACUUGGACAUGGAGAUCGAGAGUCUCCUGAACCAGCAGUCCACCAAGGAGCAGCAGAGCAAGAAAGUGAGCAGGGAGAUCUUGGAGCUGCUCAACACCAGCACGGCCAAGGAGCAAUCCAUCGUGGAAAAGUUCCGUUCCCGCGGCCGGGCGCAGGUCCAGGAGUUCUGCGAUCACGGGACCAAAGAGGAGUGUGUGCGCUCGGGGGACACGCCGCAGCCCUGCACCAAGUUACACUUCCGGCGCAUCAUCAACAAGCACACAGACGAGAGCCUUGGCGACUGCUCCUUCCUCAACACGUGUUUCCACAUGGACACGUGUAAAUACGUGCACUAUGAGAUCGACAGCCUGCCAGAGAUGGAGGGGGUCCUCCUGGGGCCCCAGGCCGGGGCCACAGAUCUCGGCCUGCAUCAAGGCGACGCAGACAGCAACGUGGGCAAGCUGUUCCCCUCACAGUGGAUCUGCUGUGACAUCCGCUACCUGGACGUGUCCAUCUUGGGGAAGUUUGCGGUGGUGAUGGCCGACCCGCCCUGGGACAUCCACAUGGAGCUGCCCUACGGCACGCUGACUGACGACGAGAUGAGGAAACUCAACAUCCCCAUCCUCCAGGACGACGGCUUCCUGUUCCUCUGGGUCACUGGCAGGGCCAUGGAGUUGGGCCGAGAGUGUCUCAGUCUCUGGGGCUAUGAUCGAGUCGAUGAGAUCAUUUGGGUGAAAACCAACCAGCUCCAGAGAAUCAUCCGAACCGGCAGGACGGGCCAUUGGCUCAACCAUGGAAAGGAGCACUGUCUGGUGGGGGUGAAAGGAAACCCCCAGGGAUUCAACAGAGGGCUGGACUGUGAUGUCAUCGUGGCUGAGGUGCGCUCCACCAGCCACAAACCAGAUGAGAUCUACGGCAUGAUAGAGAGACUGUCGCCCGGCACCAGGAAGAUCGAGCUCUUCGGUCGACCCCACAACGUCCAGCCCAACUGGGUGACUCUUGGAAACCAGCUCGACGGCAUCCACCUCCUGGAUCCCGACGUCGUGGCUCGGUUCAAGAAGCGCUACCCGGACGGCGUCAUCUCCAAACCCAAGAGCAUGCAGUGAUCUCGGGGUUGGGGGACUGUGUUGCCACGGCAACCCAAGAGACUUGCCCGGUCCGGUGAUGGACAAAGACCGUUUUUUUCUUCUUUGUUUUUUAUACCAGUAAAUAAAUUUUUUUUAAAUAAAUACUGCUAACAAGAUACAUUGCCUGUGUCUUAAUGAAAUAAAAUGAUUUGAAGAAAGAA